CGCUUUGUUUUUCUUACCCUUUUCUUGUUAUUUUUGUUGAAAUAACCUGCAAAAAUUAACACCGGAGUCCUAUGUUUGGUAAAUGCGCAUAAACAGGUAAAAAUUAUAUUUUUUAAUAAGAAAUGGGUGUAAAUUCAAGUAAUUUCAUGUUGGUUCCUGUCCAUAUUUUAUUUAUGACUGCAAUGAUGUGUGAUUUAUGAUUUGUUCCGUUGAGUUGUUUCUCCUUAAAGUCGGUUAAUUUAAAAUAGACCGCGAUCGCUCCCACCACACGCACUCGAUUUUCACAUUUCCACUUGAAACUUUAUUGCGGAAACCGAAAAUUCAGUCCACCAUCGUCGCUCUGCAAUGGAACGCCCGCAUCGCUCCUCGGUGCGUAGCCGCGGCUCAUCCUCCACCAGCGAUGUCCCCGCGAAAGAGAAAUUCAUCGACUGCUGUCGCAAAAUCGUCGCUUUCAUGUGCACACAAGUCGGUGUCGGCGGCCUGGUCGUCGGCUACACCGUCGUGGGCGCCUUCACCUAAUACAUCGAAACCCGCGAAGAAUACCCAAUCAUCGCCGUAGUAAACUCCACGCGCACGAAAUACGCCAACAUACUCUGGGACGUGGUGCGGGAAGAGAACGUCUUCAACAAAACAACAUUCAACCGCGAGGUGAAUAAAACCCUCUUCGAGUAUCAGAAUCUCAUGGUUGAUUCAAUCAAACGCGGAUACAACGGCCGCACCGUUCAGGACAUGUGGUCCAUUCCUGCGGCGUUGAUGUUUUCCCUGAGUAUCAUCACAAUGAUUGGCUAUGGUAACAUGGUACCACGCACCACAUGGGGCAAAACCGUGACUGUCAUCUACGCGGUUUUUGGUAUACCUCUCUAUGUAUUAUACUUUAUGAACAUGGGUGAAGUUUUAGCCGGCGUGUUUCGAUGGAUCUACACCUGGUUAUACGAUUGCAGCACAGAGAGGGAUGAAAAUGACCCACCACGAAGAGUUGUGGUGCCAAGUUCAGCGUCUCUAUGGGUGAUUGGUGGGUAUAUCGCAACCGGGGCGAUUAUUUUCGCCGAAUGGGAGAAGUGGUCCUACUUGGACAGCACGUAUUUCUGCGUGACGAGUCUGUGUAAGAUUGGCCUGGGGGAUUUCGUCCCCGGCGCGAAUAUAAAUGAUUUCAAAGUCGGCAGCCAGACGAAGCUGGUGGUGAAUUUUGUUUAUAUGCUGGUGGGACUCGGGUUGGUUGCGAUGUGUUACAAUCUCAUGCGUGAGGAGGUGCGGGUUAAGGUGAAGGAGAUGAAGGAGGACAUGGGACAGUGUCUGGAGGACACGAGGGUGCGGUUGAUGGCGUGCGCAAAUCGAUGUCGAAGUGAAUAAUUCUUCGAUACGAUUGACUUGUAUUGUUUUGUUAAUUUUGUGAACUGUAUGCAUUUAUUUAUUAGUUUAAUCCCUGAGGAAACAAGCGGCGAGAGUGUAAGCAGUGUGUAAAAUUUAUAUGUGAAACGUUAUAGCAUGCAGGCGGCCUCUGCGCCUACACCGUUGAGAUUAUGCGGCGUCGUGGGUUACGAGGGGCGGUGUAAUGACAUCGUCUAUUGCCGCCCCACGAUGGAAAAUGUUUCCAGCAC